AUGAUUACAAAAAACGUUGAUUUUGAUGACCGGAGGAUAACCCUUCGCGCUGGUGAUUUCAAAGCAGGACGCGCGGCGGAGGAGCCGCACGCUUUUUCCGUAGUUACAUUGCGGGAGUACACGAAGAUGGCCACCACGUCGAAGUUGUCGUUCCGAGCCAGAAACCUCGAUGCCAACAAGGCGAUGUGUGUGUUCUUCGCCUCCGAACUCCCGGAUCUGUCAGAAUGUGCUCCGAUUGCUCGAGCAGUCGCUCAGAUGCCGACCGGCAUGGAGAAGGAGGAGGAGAUGGAAUCUCACCUCCAAGAUGCCAUUCUCGCACAACAAGCAAGUACUUCUGGAGUACGGGUCGACAAUCACGUCAUCCCAACUCCAAAGGUGUUCCCUGUAGACGCGAAACGUUAUGAUGAGGCAUAUCCAGUGCAACCUCCUCCCCCAAAGAAUAACCUCAUAAAAGUUCAAGCCUGGCUGGCUUUGGACAAGGAAGAGGCAGAAUAUGAUGUUGAUUCUGAGGAUGAGCAGUGGUUGGCCAAGAGGCCCCACAUUGAUCCACGCGCACUGGAACGGAUAUUUGAUACACUUGAAGCGAAGUCGUCUGAUAAUAACAUUUGUUUGCCAGACACCGCUCGAUCCGCUCUUCUAGCAUUUGAUGAAGCCAUUGUUGAUGAUGUAUAUGAUUAUUGGCUGGCAAAGCGAGAGAAGAGCACAACCGUCCGGUCACUCCAACUUGGUGUCGGAGGUUUAAUACCUCGUGUGCGCACUGAAUGUCGAAAAGACCAGCAGGGUGGAGUGAAUCCGUACGUGGCCUUCAGAAGGCGUGCUGAAAAGAUGCAGACAAGGAAGAACAGGAAGAAUGACGAAGAUUCGUACGAGAAGGUGUUAAAACUUGGACACGAUCUUCGUAAAACUGUAACACUCUUUGAUAUGGUCAAAAGACGAGAGAAGACGAAGAUAGCGUUAAUAGAUCUUGAUUCGGAAAUUCUCGCGCAUCGAAUGGGACUACUUGAUUUUGGAUCUAAUAUCUACAAUCAAUUCGUGGCCAAGAUUAGGGAGUCAGGAAAGCACGCUUCGACGGGUACUACUAACGGCGUUGCUAAAUCUGAAGACGAUGCCGUGCUUCGAAAGAAGGCAAAGCGAAGGAAGCUGAGAACUGUAGCUGCUAAUGUUGACCGUGAGGUUCCUAGUAAGGCAUGGUUGAAGAAAAACGCAGAGGUAUGGAAUCGACCACCAUCUGUAUUCGCUCCAUCUGGCAUUUCUCCUGUUGCUGAAGUAGAUCAGUCUGCACAGGCAGUAUGCGACGCAAAUCUUGAUGGGAAAUAUGUAUUCAAAAGAAGACGUGGAUGCAUGUAUCGUAGUCCACUUUCGGCCAAUAACAGCACGGAAGAGAACCUUGAGGCUAAGAUUCCGAAAUCUCAACAUUUGUAUGAAACAUAUCUACCACGUCAAGAUGGUACGAUUCGUCGGUUUGGAUUGGCUAGGCGAAGACUGGGUAGAGGUGGACGGGUGGUGUUUGACCGAUUUCAACGCGCUGACGCCCCUCGUGUACCUGAUCCACGCGACCCAUUCCUCGAUGAUUUUCUACAAGAUGGCUCAGUGUCUUUCCGAGCGCGGCUUCGCCCUUUGGUUGAAAUCGAUUCACAUAGAAGUAGAUUUCUCAGUUGGGAUAGAGCUAUGGAAGAGGAUUGUGAAAAGCGGUGGUUAACAAGUGGCAGUUGUCCAAGUAGCAGUGGCUGUCCCCCACAGGAUAACCACGACUCAGAUAGUCAGCCCGCAUCUGCAAUGUCUAUAUCUUCCAAUCCACCUUCCGCCACUCAGUCGGGAAACGGAUUGGCGGGCAGAGUGGACCCAUCUACCCCCACGUCGACUAAGGAGUAUGAAGCUGUACCAGUGUCGGAUGAGUGGCGGGAAGCUAGCGGGUCACCAUCGGAGUCAAAUUCGUCUUCGGAAUGGGUACCCCCAUCCAUGGGCACACAGAUAUAUCCGGUCCUAUCAAGUGAGGAGGAAGCUCGAACUGGGGACCACCCGAUUGCAAAACAGCCGCCCAUUAAUCUUAAAGGGUCCGUUGUGGGUGCAACCGAGAUCGACUACCGUAGUUCAUUCCUCCUGGCGCCGCCUACGGUUGGCAGCUAGGUCUCCGCUCUGCCCGAGCACAGUGUACAGCUAUUCUUCCCCUCUCAGUCUUGUAAAUGAUCUUCGCUUUCCUCAUUCAGUGUUUACGAGGUCUCCAUUGUGUUUUAGAAUAUAAAGGUAAUUAUGAUUGUGUUCUGUUCUUAAGUUUGUGCGAUGCCCGUUUUAAUUCAACUGUAUCGUUCCUUCAUUUUUACCGCUCUACGUUGACUGGUAUCCGAAAGUCGUGUUGUUGAAUUUAGAUUUUGUUCUAUCGACUUCCACAUGUCUGUGAUGAAACACACUAAAAAGAAUAAAAAUCAAUAAAA